AUGGCUAGCAUUGAAAUUGAGGUUGAAGGUCAGCAGUCCGAACCUGUCUUGAUUCAGACUCCGAGGAGAACAGAUUUCAAACCCGGAUUCUCGCAUGCCUACAUGCAUGUUAGCGGGGACUUCCUUCAGAGAAGCACUGUGGAGAGAAAAGUAUACAAGAUCAACCCAUGGCUGAUCUUGUUCUCCCACGAGCCUCUGUCUGCGCUCCUUACUUUACGUCCCGUACAAUUCAUUUUCGUGGUGGUUGGAUCACUAUGGAUCAUUCUUGAAUCAGUGUCUCUCCACAGGAUUCAAUCUACUGGCUACUUUUCCCUUUUCCCGAACAAGGCAGGUUCAAGAGAGUUUCUGCAUCAAGAUUUUCUUGGGAAAAACCAUCUUCCUUGCACAUGGGAGUUGUCGCUGCAGUUAGCAACCAGUAACUCGCAUGUGAAGGUCUUGAUUUUCGCGGGCUUUCUUGAUGGACUUUUCAACUCUAUCAUCUUCUUCGGUAUGCUAGCUGAGGGCUACAACGAAACUGCUUUGGAGGCAUCACGUCACGAGUUCUUGAUCUAUGCAAUCUCGGAUCUUUUCUUCUUUCCAGCUCCUUUGAUCUUCAGCGAACUUUAUGUGGUCGAGCAAGUCUUUCUAGCACAUAUUAUGAUCUUUGCUUCUGCCUUGGGAGCAGGACGAGUCAGAUAUGAGAGCAUCUUCGUGUUUGCAGCAACCGUUUUCUUCCUGGCUUGCCGCGAGCUUACGAGGUCGAGAACCUUGAGUGAAGCCUUACACAGCUCAUCGGUGUUUGAGAAGGAAUGGGAAGAGGUGAAAGGCAGCCAAUCGAUAUUUCGCUUGAUGAAUUCUCUACGCAAUGUGCGGGGAUGGGGUCCCUAUGGUCCAACAUUCAUCCUGCCCAACUCCGCUGACAAUCAUAUCCCUGGCGAGUCUGAGACGAACAAGGAGAUUGAUGAAGAGAAUCUUCGAAGGGAAAACCUUGAUCAGCUGUACGCCCAGGCGCUCGUCAUCGACCCCGUCUUCCUCUCCAAGGUCAAGGCCCUGGCCGAGGCCUCCGACGGCUUCUUCUUGGCACAGUCUGACAACGACGAGCCCCAGUACGUGCGCUGGCGAGAUGUGAUCGCAGACCCGACGCUCGAGAGCUCAGUCUGCUGGGCAAAGAUCAAGAACGCCACCAGAUCGAUCGAGAAAGUCUUGUUGCUCUGUGACACUAAAGUACCUCGUCUCACAGACGUGGUGCGGCAGAGCAUCGUCUUCAAGGACCUCGACCAACUCUGCGACUGCCUGGACAAGAUCGCCAGAGACCCGGAGAUCCAGGUGCUGCAGAUAAAGAACAGGCUGGAUCCAGACUUCGACAGCAAGAUAUCGGGUGGCUACAGAGACGUCGCGAUCAACCUACGGGUGGUGAGCGACGAGACGAGGAAGAAGGGGGUGGAGGGGCACAUCUGUGAGCUACAGCUCAUACUCGUUGACUUUCACAAGCUCAAGACCCUGGAAGGGCACAAACGAUACGUGCAGUUCCGAAACCUCCGAUGCGAGUGA